UUUCUAUGCCCUCUUUAGGAUUUUCUUCCGGGUGAUAAAUAAUAACAACGGUUGUUGGUAAAGGCUUUUGGUUGGGUGAGGUUAUAAUAAAAAGAAAGAGUCAACACCAUUGGUUAUCUUGUCCGUCUCGAGUUUGAUGUCAUUUUCUUGACAAAAAUUAAAGAAAAGAGCAGGUGGCUAAGCCUUCCUUUCCAUCCCAAAAUAUUCCAUUCUUUUUCUACCAGCUAUUACCACUUUACUCUUCAAAUGCAAUUUCUCUCCUUCUUUCCAUUCCGCAUUCCAUUUCUUUGUGUCCGAGUUAUGGCUGAUCAUCCCAUCGUCUUUCACCGGACCAAUCAUUAAUGACCCUUGAGACGAAGAAGAAAGCUAGCUGGAGGAAGAUUAAUUCCACAAAUUAAUCCUUGAAGCAGAUCAUCAACAGCAUGGAUAAUAAUUCCUUGGGAACCGGGUUGAUGGCUGUUUUCGCUGUGUCCGGAAGCGUUGCUCUUCUAGCCAUGCAACUCCACAAACGCCUCCUUUCGGAUUUUAUGGAGAAGAUGGAGCUUGAGAUAGGGUCUAAGAAAAAUCAACGACUGAAGAAGGUGAGGUUUGCAGAUGAUGCUGUGCCACGUCGUGCGGCUUCAAGCCAGAAUGCAGAGCCAAAGAAGAAUGAUCUGCGCGGUGUGGCGUGUCCAAAGCGUGCACGUGAAGAAAAGUUGGAGACAUUGCCCCUCAAUUGGCAGGCUUUGUAUAAAGGGAUCAUAAAAGAUAGGGAGUUUAAAGGCCUUAAGUAACUAAUGUAGAUGCAUUGAACUAGUAUAAAUUUUCCAUGCCUUUUCUUUUUAAUUUCUUGUUUUGUACUGGAAAAAAAAAAAAGUUCUUUGACGUUUGAAUUUGCUGAUGAGUGUCUAUGCAUGAUACUUUGUGCAAAUAAUAAUUGUAUUGGUUGUUCGCAACUGACCUGGGUACUAAGUGGAAGUUUCAGAAUUGU